CAGCUGACUUUAUGUUUUUUGUUUAUUUUGGAUAAAAAUUUGGAACUGGGUAGGUCCCUAGGAUUUAAUUUUGACGUUUGGAAUAAUUAUUGGAGAUUCCUGCGGAGAGUGCGGAGUCUUCUUGUAUUUCGCGUUUAGCAGAUGGAUCGUCUUGAGUAUGAUGACCCAAACUUGCACCCAAAAGAAGAGGAGGUGACCAAAUAUCGGAAUGUCAAAAUAUACGACGGUGAUGAGAAGACUGCGACCUUUGUGAAUGGUGAUCUGGUUCUGACCUCUCAUCGUUUGAUAUUUGUGCAACCGGCAAGUGCUUCUAAGAACAGCCUUAGUUUGCCACUCCACUAUCUAGUCUAUGUUGAGGAAGAAAAAGCACACAGUUUCAACUUCUCUAGAAGCCGGAAAGUAUUGCUGCACCUAUCAGAAACGUUGCCUGGGAAGAACCCUGGCCCAAUUGAAGAAAGUAAUCACAAUUUCUUGAGGCUGUCUUUUAAAGAUGGUUUUGAUGGCGCAUUUCUCACCCUUUUCAAUAACGUCAUGCAGGAUCGAAAGUGGGAAAAGUACUCGUUAACUUCUACGACAUUACCUGGAGCUCCUCCUCCAGUACAGCUUCCUGGCAGAAAUAUUCGAGCAGGUAUUGUGGGAAUUGAAAGGCAGAUACAAGCAAAGCAUAAGGCAAACGAUGAAAGCAUUUCUCUUGCUUUCGAGGACUUGAGCAAACUAAUGUCCAUGGCCAAGGGCAUGGUGCAACUUUCCAAAAACAUCUCGGAUAAGAUCAAAGAGACACAAGGAGAAAUAUCUGACGACGAAACAGUUCAUUUCAAAUCCUACUUGCUUAGUCUGGGAAUUGAAGACCCUGUAACGAGGGACAACUCGAGAAGUGAAAGUCAAUACCACAAGAACCUGGCAAAGCAGAUUUCAACCACACUCCAAGAGCAGAUCAAAGAAAUUGGUGGCAUGAUGACACUGCCAGAAGCGUACUGUCGUGUAAACCGAGCUCGAGGACUGGACAUGCUUUCUCCGGAUGACAUGCUCAAGUCGUGCCAAUUGAUGACCACUCUAGACCUACCCUUGACUCUAAAGAAGUUUGAAAGCGGCGUUCAAGUGCUCCAUCUGAACACACACAAAGAAUCAAUCAUCAAAACCACCACCCAAGCAGUCAGGGACAAUGGUUCUUUCACGGCAGAGGAGUUAGCGCAGACUUUAGGAACAGCCGUGUUACUUGCCAGAGAACAACUUUUACUGUCUGAGAGCGAAGGCAUGAUUUGCAGAGAUGAUACCAUUGAAGGUCUUAGGUUUUAUCCUAACCUUCUGCUUUACAAGAUUUGAAAAUUUUAAUUAUUUUGUAAAUUUCAUGAAAUCUGUUUCAUUAUUUGGAAUAGAAAAUAAUUUUGUUGCAAGCUUACAUAAAUAAGUUUCA